CACUACUUCUAUUGUUAUUUGGUUGUGUUACUAACUACGUCUUCUCUAUUUGAUAGAUGCAACAAAGUUGUAGCAUUUUUCAAAAUUUAUCAACCUUCUCGAUGGACCUGGAUUUGAAUCAUAUAGAAGAAGUCAUGGAUCUUUCUUUUGCCUUGAGAUUGUGCACAAGUUUACAAGUUCUAGAUAUAACUCUACCGGCUUGUGGUUGUAAAGACUCUGGUGAUUGUAGCUCUAAUGAUAAUUGUGUUUUACCAUUCGAGAGGUUAGAAUUGUGUGACACUAUUGAUCAAAAGCUGAAGUUUGUAUGUAUAAGGGGAUUUAGAGGCAAAGAGAAAGAAGUGCAAUUUGCAAAAUAUCUCAUAACAAGAGCCACCAUGAUGAAGACGAUUACUAUAAUUUGCAAUGAUUUAACAGAAGUUGGUGCAAACCUGUUAUCAGUACCAAGAGCUUUUGGUGAUCUUUGCAUCAAUUUGAAGCUCAAUGCAAAUAAUAAUAUGUGACUUAGAAGACGACGAACUGUUGGAGGAGAGAUAAAAUCUUGAAAGUGUUUAACCGAAGACCGUGGAGAAAUGGAGGGAGGUGCUACCUAUAACAACACUCCAACACUCAAGUCAGUAUGUAAAUAGAAGGGAGGCUCGGGUUAGAAGAGAGAUACCUUGUGAGGUCUUGCUGUUAGCUUUAUAUAGGCCAACUAGGGCCGGCCCUAGGCAUAGGCCAUGAGUGCGACGGCCUAGGGCCCAUGCCAGUAGGGUAACUGAAAUUUUUUUUAUUGGUGGGGGUGUAUAUAGUAAGAAUUGGUUUUCUGGGCGUUUAUAUAGUAAAAUAUUGGCAGGCCCGAAAAUUGACAUGAUA